AUGCCUGAAGCUCCAAAGCGUCUUUCGACACGAAAGCCCUUGGGCCAGCUUCCCGUAAACUUGGCCACACGCAAUGCCAAUGCCAAACUGACGAAAGUGGAGCCUCGUUCAAAGCGAACAUCGGGCUCUCUAGAACCAUUCCUGGCUCCCAACUUCUCCUCGGAAGACGGCCUAAUACGCCAGCACUUUGAUCCCAUUCGUUCAGACGUUCCAGCGGCAGCCUCGGGCUCGGAGCUGGCCACGGUGUUGCCCGAGGCAUCUCACUUUGCUGAGCUUGAAGACGACGAUCUGGACGUCGACAUUGCCCCCAACGAGGUCUACGACGAAGACAGCGACAACACCGACUACGACGGGCCCCAGGAACCCAAAUGGAACAAGCAGAUCUUCAACAAGUUACAAACGGUGAUGCGCACGUUCUCCAAAGCUGCCUUGGACGAGAACGACGAAGACACCUACGACGUGACCAUGGUGGCCGAAUACGCCCCCGAAAUCUUCAACUAUUUGCAUGAGCUUGAGCAUAUGUAUGCUGCAGACGCUGACUACAUGGCCAACCAGGACGAGUUGCGGUGGGAAAUGCGCAGCGUACUCAUUGACUGGGUUGUCCAGGUCCACCAGCGGUUCAACUUGCUUCCAGAAACGUUAUUUCUUACAGUCAACUACAUUGAUCGCUUUUUGAGCCGCCGAAGAGUGUCGUUGCUGCGGUUCCAGCUUGUAGGCGCAGUGGCGCUCUUCAUUGCCGCCAAGUACGAGGAAAUUAACUGUCCCACAGUUCAAGAAGUCGCCUACAUGGCUGACAACGCAUAUAGCAUAGAGGACUUCCUCAAAGCUGAACGGUUUAUGAUCGACGUACUUGAGUUCGACAUGGGCUGGCCUGGGCCCAUGUCUUUCUUAAGACGCACCUCCAAAGCGGACGACUACGACUACGAGACUCGUACGCUUGCGAAAUACUUCUUGGAGAUCACCAUUAUGGACCACCGUUUUGUCGCCUCGCAGCCUUCAUGGCUUGCCGCAGGCGCCCACUAUCUUCUGAGGAAGAUGCUCAAUAAGGGCUCAUGGACAGACGCUCACGUUUUCUACUCUGGCUACACAGAGGAACAGCUCAAGCCCCUCGCAAGGAUAAUGAUGGAGAUGUGCUCCAACGCAGAAACUCAUCAUAAAGCUAUCUUCGAAAAGUACCAGGAGAGACGCUACAGACGCUCGCUGUUGUUCGUUCAAGAGUUUCUCAAAGCAAUGCGAUCGCCCAAGGACGAGUGA